AUGGAAUCUCCAAGCAUCCCGCCAGCCACGCCUCUCUGCCCGCUCGACGACCGGCGCUCGGCGCCCGAGUUCUACGUCAGCUUCUUCGCCGUCAGCUUCACGGCGCUGGCCUUUUUCUUCAAGACCAUCCAGCAGCAAGAGGGCCGGCUGCUGUCUUGGAACGUCCUGCUUUUCUACCUAGCACCUCUCGGCUUCGUCUUCAAAUACGCCAUCGCGCUGCUCGGAAUCUUUGGCGUCUACAGCUUCCGCGUCAUCAACGACUGGGCGCACGGCCGGCCCGGCACGGCAGACUGGGAUGAUGCAGCCGCCAGCCUGCAGUGGCUGUUUGGAAAAGUCGGGCCAGAGCAGCAGCAGCAGCAGCAGCGCGACGACCGCUCGGACUACGAACCGCUGCCGGCGGACGACACGGCGAGGCGCGCAAGACGGCGCCAUUCUCUCGAGGCGGCCGCGCGGACCGUCGGGAAGCUGCUUGCCGCGCUGCUGUUCCUCGUGCAGUGCUCCGGCACCAUCUUUCUGCACGGCCGGCGCAUCGAGCGGGACGCCGUCGCCACCAUCGACCAGAAGACGUUUGAGCUGGCCUGCGCGGGCCUGCUCAUCGGUGUGGUCGCUGUCGGGCAGACGCUGCGCUUUGGCGCGUUCGGCAGGACGGUCCCGGACGCGUCGACGACGCGGCUCAACCGCUUCGCGCUCUUUUGGCGGGGCGGCGCGCACGAGAAACUCGCCGCCUUCCAGCUCUCGGUUGGCAUGCGCUUCUGGACGUGGGCGGCCCGGAAUCUGCUGCCGUCGGCGAUCAUUCUUGGGGUCGUUUAUCGCGAAGUCCUGGCGGGAACCCUUGCAGAAUUCCUAAUCAUUGACUCCUGGCAGACCUGCCUCGUCACGGCAGUUCCGUUCUUUGUCUCUCUCUGUGUCUUGCUCGCCGUGGCCCCGUUUACAGAGCUUGGGAAGGACAUGGGUGCUGGAGUACGGCUGUCCCCCAGGCUGUUUGUGCCGUGGUGGCUAUUCUAUCCGCUUUUGGCUGCGGCUGUUUCGAUUUUGUCGCCGGUUGUGCUCCUCGAUAUCGUGGCGCCGGUUAUGGAGGCCAUGCUGGCUGUGCUCGUUGCCUGGCCCGGAACUUACGUCUACUCUUUCUGGGAGGUCUCGGCGCUGAGCCAAGCGCCGCAAGACAGUCCUUGCCCGUUGCUGUGGUCUGAUCCGGUUUCCCAAUACAUUCUGUGGCUGGCAUAG